CUAUGGGGAGGAUGUGAAGUCGUCUCCGGAUUAUGAAAGGAUCGUCAACAAGCGUCACUUCAAGAGAGUCCUGGGCUUGCUGGAAGGGCAGAAGAUUGCUCAUGGGGGAGAGAGUGAUGAGGCCUCCUGCUUCAUAGCACCGACCAUCCUGACGGACGUUUCCCCGGAUUCCAAGGUGAUGGAGGAGGAAAUCUUUGGACCUGUCCUGCCCAUUGUGACCGUGAAGAGCACAGAGGAAGCCAUUGAGUUCAUCAACCGUCGGGAGAAGCCCCUUGCCUUGUAUGUCUUCUCCAACAACAAGAAGUUAAUCAAAAGAGUCAUCUCGGAAACCUCCAGUGGGGGUGUGACUGGAAAUGAUGUCAUUAUGCAUUUCUUCCUCUCAACCUUGCCCUUUGGUGGUGUUGGCCACAGCGGGAUGGGCGCCUACCACGGCAAGCACAGCUUCGAGACCUUCUCCCACCGCCGCGCCUGCUUGAUCAAGGACCUGAAGAUGGAGGGCACCAACAAAAUGCGGUACCCACCUGUCAGCCAGAAGAAGGUGGAUUGGACCAAGUUCAUCCUCCUGAAGCGGUUUAACAGGGGCCGCAUUGGACUGGCCGUCCUGGCCCUGCUGGGGGUGGUGGUAGCGGUGAUGAUGAAGGUGGUUUACUGAUGAAGAGGAGAAGGCCCCGUGUGCCAGCCAUACUCUGGGUGCUCGCUUUGUGUCUGUUUCCUUAAGCUGGGAAGUCAUUA